CAACCUGGAGAAUAUCGCCUCCCUCGUGAAGAGCUGGAGGCAGCGAAAGCCGAGAGGAGGCGAUAUGAGGAGGCAGCACGGAGACAAGGCUGGAAGCCCAGUCCUGUGCGUCCUGUUGCUGCUCCCCGCACUAGCCCUGAGAUGCGUGUCCCCAGUCCGGUGCCACCAGUCCCGGCACCACGCACCAGGCCUACAGUGCGCCUCAGCCGGCAGGAGUCUGCCGUCUGCACAGCGUUGACUGAACUGCUCGUCUCCCCAGCGCCAUCUGAGCCAUCCGUCUCCCCAGCGCCAUCUGAGCCAUCCGUCUGCAAUGAGCCUGCAAAGCCGCCCGUCUGCCAUGAGCCUGCAAAGCCGCCCGUCUGCCAUGAGCCCACUGAGCCGUCCGCCAGACAGGAGCCGCUAGAGCCGCCAGCCAGACAGGAGCCGCUAGAGCCGCCAGCCAGACAGGAGCCGCUAGAGCCGUCCGUCAGACAGGAUCUGCCAGAGCCGCCAACCAGACAGGAUCUGCCAGAGCCGCCAACCAGACAGGAUCUGCCAGAGCCGCCAACCAGACAGGAGCAGCCAGAUCAGUCAGCUAGCCAUGAGCAGCCAGAUCAGUCAGCUAGCCAUGAGCAGCCAGAUCCGUCAGCUAGCCAUGAGCAGCCAGAUCCGUCAGCUAGCCAUGAGCAGUACUAA